UUCUGUUCAUUUCUAAUAUUCUUCUAAGUAAUCUCGUCACCUUCAGGAGAUUUAUGGUUGCCAAGCAACAUAGAAACUUGACGUAUAAAACGUGCCUUAAGAUGUUUAAGUUUAUGCGCAGAAGUCGUCGAAUGAUCCUCAUCACAUUAGAAUUUAGAAACACAUUUAUUGAUCAUUUAUAUAAAGAUUGAAAUAAACACUGCUCUGUUGGUAACUGUUAUCAUUCGGUCACUAAACAAAAGUCACGCGUAUCGAGCCUAGGAGACAGCAAACCGCCUUAUUAUGUCAACACUGAAAAAAUGGUUAUGUUGUUAACUGUUGGCAGGCAAUAAUAUAAAUGGUGAUUGUAGCGGACAAUGGUUCUCUGGACUUGAGUUACCAGAGAAACCAUUUAAUUCAUUCAAAGACAUGUCUAGGCUUGCCCAAAGAGUGUAGCAAAAAACACACAUUUUUCAUCAUAUCCUUGACAAAGCAAUGAAUAAAUAAGAACAAGCUUCAUCAUUUAUUUAGGGUGAAUCCCUGCACAACGCAAUACGCUUAAUGUAAAAAAUGUAGCAUAGACUGAUGAUAAUAAUCGCAUUAACUGAACACAUCGGUUCUAGAAUGUUGUUCGUGUUUUCUCACCUCACCAAACAUGAUAAUGAAGAGAAGGACAUUUCACUUUUCUUGUAAAAACUAUUGAUAUGACAAAAUUUUGUGCAUAUUCAGCAUUCACUUUAGUCAUCCCACCAUGUUCUACCAUUGAAAACACCUGUUUGAGCUAAUUACUAAUUAGCAUGUCUUGAGACAUUUAAAAGCCGACUUGCUGCCAAUUCAAAUUAAAUUGGUAGAUGUGGGAGUUUGAAAAAUCAGCACAAAAAUAUUUCAUGAUCUAGAAGAGGUGCUACAGGAGCUAGUUUAUUUGCUGCUUUAGUGGAGUUCUUGAAGUUUUAUUAUACUUUUAAAUUCUUUGUUUUUAAAAAUUGAAGCAACCGUACAGCUUGUCCCUUAAAUCUAUUCAGCAUUUGAAAUGAAGGAAGAGAUUGCAGCCACUGUGUUUUUCAUUGCGAGGUUGGCAAAGAAGCGUGGCAAGCUGGACCGUGUUCGCAGAGAGAUGUUUGCUGUGGAACUAACUUCAGUACUCUUUGAGAAUUACAAAAGCCAUUGGUACCCAGAGAACCCAUCCAAAGGCCAAGGUUUUAGGUGUCUAAGGAUGAACAAGGCUCAACUCCGGGACCCGAUUAUUGCGAGUGCAUGUUGCCGAAGUGGUAUUAUUUAUGAAGAUCUUUGCCUUCCAAAGGAAAUUACCAUUUGGGUAGAUCCUGGAGAGGUGUCAUGCCGGUAUGGUGAAACAUCAACCCCAUUUUGUGUGACCCAGCUGGAGGGUCAGAAAAGAGAUGUGGAGUUCUCUCGUCGGAUCAACAAUGCGGUGGAAAGGGCAUCAUCGGACUAUCACUCUGGAACCUCCUCUGAUGAGGAAAGCAGCAACACCAGCAUGAGCAGCAGCAUCAGCACUGCCAGCAGCAAUCCUUCCGUUCCAGAACCCAAGUGCAUCCCCACGGUCUCAAACCCCAACAGUGUCUACCAGUUCAGUGAGUUUGGGCAACCCCAACCCCCACAGAACUGGGGACCGUACCCCAAAAGAAAGCCUUAUGUGAACGAGGGCUACCAGCCGCAUUCUACAGGUGGGCCAUACCCACCCCAUAAGAGCUUCAAGGGCUACCGGCCUUCCUAUGCCUUCUCUGGGCCAAGGAUGGACCGAUAUCACUGGGUCAGCAAGAACCGCUCUUAGACUUGAAUUUUAAAACUAGACCGUCAUCUUUUUGC